GAAAGAAUUUAAAGUGAAAUUCGAAAAAUGUUCGCUCUCGGUAUGUGGAUUACAUAAAAAUUGCUUCAAGUGAAGCUCCAAUGGAAGCUGUGAUUUACUGAGCGUGUGAGCGUGAGUGUCCAUCUGCGGAUCGUGCUUUGUCCCAGUUCUGCUGACCGCCCUAGUCCAUUGUUUUCACGUCCUCUCGGGGGCCAUUUACCUGUUCGUGGUUCAGCUGCUGCGUGGGUCACGGAAAGAGAGCCACAGUGUGUGAGAGAGGGAGAGAGCGCGACGCUAGAACUCCUGGACCAGAGGACGCAUUCGUUCGUCAUCGAAAAUCAUCCGAUCCGUACCGGCUGUACGCGUGGGUGUGUGCGUGUUGAUUGAACGAAGCAACGGUACGGAGCAAAGAAAAGAAGAGCGCCAAGGCGCCUCCCAACUGUCCGGCGGCAGCGCAGCAUCCUAGAAUCUCGAAGAGUGCAACAACACAAGAUGCAACAAUUGGCGAACAUCAUCGGGGCGAAUGCCUAUUACGACGGAAGCCGAGUGUUCACCUGGCUGGCCGAGAUGUGCGGACUAUCGGUCGAUUUGGUGAACUUCCUGAUCACGCAGUUUCUGGCGCUGAUCCUUGCGUCCACGUUCCGCUCGUACUUGCACCCGUCGAAGGUGUCUGCCAGCACCCGGCACGCCAUCGGGCUGGUGAUCGGUCUGUUCUUCGGUUACUUCUGCUUCGGUCAGCAAGCGAUCCAUAUCGCCGGCCUGCCGGCCGUUUGCUAUGUCGUCAUCCGCACGCAAAAUCCGCAGAUCGUGCAGCGACUCGUCAUGGUCGUGGCCCUCAUCUACCUGUCCUGCAUCCAUCUGCACCGCCAGUACUACGACUACGGGUCGUACUCGCUCGACAUUACCGGUCCGCUGAUGAUCAUCACGCAGAAGGUGACGAGCCUGGCAUUCAGCAUCCACGAUGGGUUCACGCGCGAGAUGAAGGACCUCACCGCGAGCCAGCAGCAGCACGCCAUCCAGAAGCUACCGUCGGCGCUGGAGUUUUUCUCCUACACCCUGCACUUCCAGGGCCUGAUGGCGGGUCCACUUGUUUUCUACAAGGACUAUAUCGACUUCAUCGAGGGCUGCCACAUCCUGAAGCAAGCGUCCGCCAACGCCAAUUACGAUAUCGACAAGAAAAUCGUUCACGAACCGUCGCCCGUGAAAGCGGUGGUCAAGAAGGUGAUCGCCAGCCUCGUGUGUGCGCUGAUCUUCAUCAAGUUCGCGACGAUCUAUCCGAUCAAAACGAUGAAAGAUGAUGGCUUUAUCGAGAGUGCCGGCUUUUUCUACUCGCUGUGGUACAUGAUGAUGGCCACGACGGCGGUCCGAUUCAAGUACUACUUCGCCUGGCUGAUGGCCGACGCGAUCUGCAACAAUUCCGGGCUGGGAUUUAACGGGUACGACGAGCGGGACGGUGUGACGCCGCGCUGGGACAUGCUGUCCAACAUUCAGGUGCUGGAGUUCGAGUUCGGCACCAACUUCCGGAACUGCAUCAACGCGUGGAACGCCGGCACGAACCGCUGGCUGCGCAUGGUGGUGUUCGAACGCGUCCCGAAACGGUACGGCACGCUGCUCACGUUCAGCCUGAGUGCCCUCUGGCACGGCUUCUAUCCCGGUUACUAUAUGACGUUCGCCACCGGUGCCCUGAUCGUGGUGGCGGCUCGCACCGCCCGCAAGCUGUUCCGGGCGCCCUUCCAGCGCACGGGCACCUCGCGCGCCCUCUACGACGUACUGACCUGUCUGGUGACGCGCGUCUUCAUGGGCUACGCCACGUUUCCAUUCGUUCUACUCGAGUUUAAGGCUAGUCUUCGUAUGUACCUGAAUGUGUUUAUGUGCCUUCAUCUGGUCGCUAUGAUCACUAUGUUUGUUUUAUCGAAAUUCGUACCGCGCGGGACUGCCGGCGGCAGCACUCGCGCCCACGCAAAGGUUAGGCUCGACGACGAAGCUUCACCGAUGAUCGAUCCCGCCGCAGCCGUCGGUGAGCUGCCGAAGAGCACGCCCGUCGCCAUCGAAUCCGAAGGGAUCCGUUUCCGGGGCGAGAACGGUCGACGGGCGGUUGUGCCGGAGUUGUCCCACCCGGCGGCCGGCAGCGUUGACGCUGUGAAGAAACCUUCGCCCGGCCAGAUCACCGCAAGCGAUACCAGCAUCAUCAUCAACUACACAAACAAGACUGACGAACAUUUGCUGUCCGCAGAGGACAACAACAACAGUGCCACUUCCACCACCAUGAAACCACCGGGACCGCCACCGCCACCGCCGCAAGCCGUUGUCAACGGCAAGAGCCCGAAGCCUGCCCGCGAGCGCAUCAAGGAGAAACUGGAGCAAGAAACGCGCAACCUGGAAGAGUUUAUCGACAAGACGGUGACGGGCUUCGUCGAGCUGAAGGACGAUCUGAUGCGCAUGAACGAGCCCAGCACCAUCGGUGGGCUGUACAUUCCUCGCAACGGCGGCAUCGCGAUUGGUGUUGGUGGCGCAGGCGAUACACUUAUCGUUAACGGGAACUCCGGAUCCAACGGUACCACCCUUGGCAGCGGCAGCACUACCAGCAGCGGAGCGUUUCUGAAGAAGGAAAUCGACGCCCUGAACGCGGCCGUACAGCAGGCGAACGUGUUGCCGGCGGUACUGAGCAACGGGCAUGCCAAGUAGGGGACAGAAUGCAGCACAGCAACAGAUAUAUUCUUCCCAGAUGGCACCACAGUUUCCUCUCUCCUCUCUCACCUUCUUCUUCUGGACGAGGACGAUCCGGACCUCGACCGGAGCGCAAAAGGUACGUAAAGUUUAACAUUCUUCUUCCGGCCGCUCUCUCUGUCGGUGGCACACACAACGGUUGACGGGGUCGCUUAAAGCCCCUUCGUUUGCUCCGCGUCGCCACGAGUCACCCUCGGAAGUGGUGAUUCCUUCACGUUCGUCGUUUUGCAACCAUGUUAUCGAUCCGCACGCACGACCCAAAACGCUGCAUGAUCGAUAAACCUAAAAAAACCUUUUACUGGUAAAAGCGGGAACCGAAACCAACGGCAGAAAGGCGACGAAAAAAUCUAUCUAAAAACACUAAAACGACAAGCAAAAUUUGCUUCGAGAUACGAUCGAUCGGCUGCGGGCGCGAUGAUCGGUAAAUGUCGGUGCACUGGGCCCUCAGUGGAAGGAUAUAUUUUUGAGACAAGAAAGCACAGAUCACCGCUGUAUAUUAUAUUCAUAUUCGAUCGUGUGUCGGCCAACCAACAACGCGCCGCCGCCGGUACUACUUACCAAAAGUCAACACUCCACUUGCUUCCAGUGAACUGGUGUUCCCCAGCGAAGGACGUUUCUAGUUGCUGCAACCACGUCGGUGUAGAAGAAAGUGGCUCGUGCUCCUUUUUGGUUCCGUGAAAAUAUUCUGAACAUCAUAUCAAUGUAUGAUCUAUAUCUAUCCACAUCUACCUUUUAAGUGUACUCAACUGGCGCGCUCGUCCGGCCGAGCAGGUAAUUUAAGAUUUUAACAAAAUUGUGCGUAAAUUGAGUUUUAGAAUCCCCUACUCGCUUCCUUUACGACGAUGAUGCUUCCAAAUUAGUGUGUCCAUGUGAGAUUAUUCCUUACCACCGUGCUGCUCUUCCAGUUCCGCGCUCCAUUUUGGAUGCUUUUUUAUCUUUAAACACCCUCAGACAUUGCUUCCAAACACGAUCGCGAGGAUCGCGAAAGGAGCUACCCUUGGCUUCGUAUUGACAAAGAGAGAGAGAGAGAGAGAGAGCGCACAUACCAAAUGUUUCAAAAGAGAGCGAGAGAGAGAAAGGGGGAGGGAGACAGAGAAACAGAGAUUAUUUUACGUUUUUGUUGUUGCCUGUUGUCCCCGAUCCCCAAUUAUGGUGCGAUGCGCUUGCUAUUACUUAGGUUAGAUAGGAGCCAAUUAAAACGGGAGAAAGGAGGUGAAAGAGGACACACAAUAGUGGCAGCCAGGACCAACAGCCACCACAUACGUGCCCCGCGCUGACCACCUGCAAACCAAUAUGCGGUCCAAACUAACCGCCGCCGCUGCUUAACCUACUACAGAACCUGCGAAAGGCGCACCGAGGCACAAACAAAAACGAGUUCCUCAAGGGAACAAUACUAUAAACAAACCACAAAUACCGUAGAGGACACAAAAUAAGGCGGAGGGCUAACUGAACAUACAAAUGCAUACAGCAAACAAGCGCGCAAACAAGAAAAUGUGACUACGUUUAUUCCUUUCUCAAUGUCGCGGAUUAUCAUGGGCCGCCGCCAAUGGCGGCUAGUAAAGGGUAGAUACAAAGUAUAAGAGAGAAGGAGAAAGAGAGAGGGAAAGAGUGUGUAUGAAGAGCACCGGAUGAGCGCAACCAACCAAUGUGUAGUCGAAAACAGCAAAACUAUACAAAAGUAUAAUGGAAAAACAAAACCAAGAUAAAACAAAAAUCUUUUUG